CCAUUUGCAAAUUCUCUUUGCAAGUCAAAUUAGCCCCGGCAAGGCGGUUCUGGGGCCUGGAGCCCUUGGUGCACGCAUUUGGACAUCUCCACACCCCCUUGCAGUGCUGUGGGGCCAGGAGGGCUGGGAUUGCCCUGAUGCUCCAUGUUCCCUGCAGGUGGGAUCCAGCCCAGCCGGGCAGGAGCAGCAAUGGCCAAGAAAGCUGACGUGCGGGACUCGGACAACAGCUGGGUGAUUGCUGGCUCUGAGGGUUUGCCUGUGGAAACUCUGGGCCCAGAGGAGGGGGAGCUGCCCCAGGCUGCAGCAGAGGAGCCGGUGGGAGACACCCUUGAGGUGGAGGAUGAAGCCCAGGACACGCUCCCAGCAUCUGCCCACAGGGGCAAGAAAGACGAGGCCUCCCUGCUAAGUUCGGCUGCUGGCCGGGAGGAGGCUGAAUUCAAGGACUCUGAGGAGCACUUGACGCUUAGCCCCAAGGGUGGCUCUGAUGCAGCAGCCCACCCUGACGAGCUGCUGGACAUCCACAAGCCUGAGGAGCCAGACUCCCAGGACGCUGGACUGGACUCUGGUGCUGGAGUCCUGGGCUCCUCACUCACAGGCAGAGCAGGGGCACUGGCAGAGGAGGGCAGUGGCUCCAGCAGCAAUGAGGACCAGGAUGUGGAGGGGCUGCGGCGGCGGAAGGGGCGGGAUGUGCCCCCUGCUCCUGAGAGGCCUGCGCCACACAGAGUGCUAGAGGCUGAAGGUGCCGAGGGGGGCUUGGGCACAACUACUUACCUGCUGGGUGCACUGGCACUGCUGGCUGUGGGGCUGCUGGUCUUCUCAGGUGGUGUCUACGACCUGGGAGACAGCCUUUCAGAGAGUGCAGGGGCUGGGGAUGCCCCAGAGGGGGAGCAGCCAUGGUCACCCCCACUGCCAGUCAUCAGUAUAAAGGAGCAGUUGGAGCAGCCAUCAUCAUCGCCAUCCUCAGCUGGGGACCCACAGAGCCUGCAGGCCAUGAGCCUGCUGCUGGACAAGCUGGCCAAGGAGAACCAGGAUAUCCGAGCCAUGCAGGCAGUGCUGCAGGCACAGAAGGACGAGCUCCAGGCCCUGCUGGAGAAGAGCGAGACCGAGAAGGCGGUGGCUGGGUCCCCCACUCCCGGGCUGGCAGAGAUGGCGCAGCUCCGGUCAUCACUGCAGCAGGAGGAAGCUGUACGCCGUGCCGCUCAGGCCGAGCUGCUGCAGCUCCAGAGGCAGCUGGAGCAGGAGGCUGUGGCCAGGGGUGGGCAGCAGGAACCAGCCAUGGAGCAACCCCAGGCCCCAGCCCCGGCUUCAGCGUCCUACAAGGAGCGGCUGCGCCAGGAGCUGAAAAAGCAGCGCGAGCUACUGGCCUCAGUGCAGCAGGACCUGAUAGGUGCCCUGCAACGGGCCCAGGCCUCGGGGCAGCUGGAGCAGCUGCAGGCAGAGCUGGGCACCCUGGAACAGCGGCUGGCACAGGAGCUGCAGCAGUCAGAGAGCUGGGAGCAGGGCUGGGGUUCAGAGGAGGCUUCCGAGCCCUUACCCCAGCGCAGCAAAAAGCCAUUCAAGGCUGAGCGGAAGGAGGGUCCGCGGCACAAGGCGAGGGGAGAACCACGGCCUGGCCGGCCCGGGGACAAAGUGGGCAGGGAGCCGAAGGAGCCAGGCAGACCCAAGCACCACAAGCCCCGCCACGAGCCCAAGCCAGGCAGGGACUGGGACAGCCCAGCACGGCGGGUGGGCAGCAGGAAGGUUCCCCCACAUGGGCACCAUGUGCCCCGUGCCUGGGAGCUACCCUCCCUGAGCCAGUACCAGGCACCCCAGGGCUGCUCAGGUGCAGCAGCUUGCGCCCGGCAGGAGGGGCUGGCACCUGUGCAGAAGGCAGGGUUCCUACAACUGCUGGAGGGGUUCAUGGUGCAGCGAGGCUGGGGGCCACACUAUGGGCGCCUGGCAGCACCGCUGGAUGACGUCUUUGGCCCAGAUGGCACCUUCGCCCACGACCGCCUGCGCUUCAGCGAUUUUGCAGACCAUGUAGAGGACCUGCUCGAGGUGCUGGCAUGGCAGGAGCAGGGCAACGAUGAGGCAGCCGAUGACUUUGAGGAGUUUGUGCUGCAGCACUAUGGGCUGGGGCCAAGGUUUCAGCUGCCUGAGGGGCUUACUGCACAGAAGCCAGCAUGGCAAGGGGCCCAGCUGGGGCAGAGCAUGGGCACCUGGCCCCGCCACGAGCCCAAGCCAGGCAGGGACUGGGACAGCCCAGCACGGCGGGUGGGCAGCAGGAAGGUUCCCCCACAUGGGCACCAUGUGCCCCGUGCCUGGGAGCUACCCUCCCUGAGCCAGUACCAGGCACCCCAGGGCUGCUCAGGUGCAGCAGCUUGCGCCCGGCAGGAGGGGCUGGCACCUGUGCAGAAGGCAGGGUUCCUACAACUGCUGGAGGGGUUCAUGGUGCAGCGAGGCUGGGGGCCACACUAUGGGCGCCUGGCAGCACCGCUGGAUGACGUCUUUGGCCCAGAUGGCACCUUCGCCCACGACCGCCUGCGCUUCAGCGAUUUUGCAGACCAUGUAGAGGACCUGCUCGAGGUGCUGGCAUGGCAGGAGCAGGGCAACGAUGAGGCGGCCGAUGACUUUGAGGAGUUUGUGCUGCAGCACUAUGGGCUGGGGCCAAGCUCUGCCAGGGAGGGAGAUCGGAGCGGCCCCAAGCGCCACGAGAAGGAAAGCCAUGGUCACCGCCCCCCACCCGACCACGCCAGCAGCCAUGGGCAGGAGGGUAGCUCAAGGGCCCAGGGGUAGUGCCUGCCCCCCCGCCCCGUGCCAUCGUCGGUAGCGGGAAAUUGAAUGACUGGGGGUGUCUGUUCCAAUGC